CACACCUCUCCUUCUUUCUCCCUUUUCAUUUUUCUGUUGUAUCCCUAUAUUUCUUUAGUGGUUUUGCGAUUGACGUUAACUCGUAAGUUUAUUUUGUAUUACUUUUUAUUGUUAUUUUUUAUUUGUUAUUUUUAUGAUAUUAACUGAACUACGGUUUUUUUGCAGAUGGCAUUCCAAAAGUUCACACUUGGCUUACGGUGGGAUGGUUACACGGAAGAGACCGGAAAGGGGGUCACCUACGUCGGUGGCAAUUUUCAGAAGAUAAAGGUCGCUACCAGACAGCUGCUUGAAGACCUCAUCAAAUGUGCACUAACGUUACUUGCAUGGAUGGCACGAGAAGAGUUAAUCGUAUGGUGUACCGAUAUCCAAAUAGAGAAAGUGGGUCAUUGUGGCAUGAGGAAUAUCUCAUAACCACUCAGAAUGAGGUAGAUGCCAUGCUCGAAUUCAUGAGGUCCAACAAUCUUUCCAAAGCCGAGAUGUUCGUUUACACCGAGCCGGUCGUAGGCGUUGGAGGUCAUUCUGGACACGGUCAAACAUCUGGUAUCCAUGGUGGAGGUGAAUUAUAUGGCGAUCAUCCCUACCAAAGUUACCAUGAUCCUCAUUCCUAUUUUCAGUACCAAGAGCAAGGUGAAGGUCAUCAUCAAUCUUUCCCGUCAUAUGAAGAAGAAGUUCAACCGGACCUCCCCAACCAACCUCAGUACAACUUUCAAUCAGGCAGCGGUAGUUUUCACAACUACCAUUAUGGAGCUGAUGAAGGUGCCUUUCAUGAGCUGGAUCUGAUGGAAGAAGCCCUGCCAGCACCAGUCAGUGACCCCUCCGAUGAAGAAGGAGAGAACAACGUCAGUGCAGACAACUCCGACCCUCUUGAAGGUGCUGAUGAUUCAGGACCAGAGUCAGACUCAGAUAAUGAUGAUGAGGUGGCUCGUGACCGUGUACUAGUCCCCUACUACAAUCACAUUCCAGAAAACAAUUGGAUGGUCGACAGCGACAUGGAGCCGCCAUAGGUCCCAAUAUGGGGUCCACUCACUAGGUUUAUGAAGGGCCAACAAUUUGGCUCGAAGAAGGAGGUGCGGCACGUCAUUGAGACUGAAGCAAUGACUCGACAUUUUGAAUGGCACACAACUCAUUCCAACACUAAAAGGCUCAUAGUCAGAUGCCGUAAUCAUCACGAGGGGUCAAUUUUAGGAUUCGGGCCAUCAACAGCAAGAGACACGACCACUGGGUCAUAUCCCAUGCGGUGAACACACACACACAUGUGUGCCAUCCAUAACUUCCCUUGACCGAUGGUUGGGUUGGUCGUACAAGUCGGUUGGAUACAACGGUCCUUGAUCGAGAUAAUACCGUUGGUUGUAUAUAUCCAUGUCUUCCCCAACCUACGAGAAAAUAACAAUGAGGUUAGUACAUAGAUUAAUUAAAAAGCUUAUAACAACAACAAAAAUUAAACCAGAAUAAUGAGUACGUACCACUAGAAAUUCAUCAACAUAAACUCCCUCUCCUUGCCACCAAUCGCUCAUUUUUUCGGGAAAUUCGGACAGAGAUUCGGCUAGGCUCGGCGGGUUUUGAGGAAAAAACCUAAGAAAUGUUUUCUGAUGGCAGAUCGGACUUAGCCGCAACCAACAGACCACUAAUUCCUAGGCUUUUGGGAGGGGAGGGUUUAGAGAGAUAAUUCUAGAGAGAGAGAGAGAGUGGAGAAUGGUUGUGGUGUGAAGAAAUGAGAGGGGGGAGGGGGUAUUUAUACCCAUCAGACCGCACCCCCAGGGGCGGUCGGGUAAUAUUGCCCCACUCAAAACUGCUGCUUGCCGAGGCGGUUUGCGAGUCACGAGGCGCUGAGCGCGCCUUGCAGAUGCGGUCAUCGAUCCAUGGCACGGAUCGCUCUGCUGGCGCGCGGUCCGCCGUCCGAUCGCUCCUCCAUCCAACGGUCUUGAAGAUUGUUCUGCAGAGAAGGCACACCGCACCUUCCUAGUGCGGUUCGCGUGCUGACGUGGCAUGGAACGCACCCCUAAGGUGCGGUUUAUAAGUAAAACGUACCUGUAGGGUGCAGUUUACUUAUAAAACGCACCUUAGGGGUGCGUUCCAUUAAAAAGGGUGCUAUUUAUGUCAAUUUUUUCGGCUGGAUGCUAGUUUUGUAAUUUUUUUUAAACGUGCUAUUAUUGGAAAAAUCCCCCAACUCGUUGGGUAUCCGCGGGUUCAUAGGUUACCAUGGAUUUUUGUGGUAAAAAAUUUACAGUAACAAGUUCAUAUCAAAAUAAAAUUCAAACAUCAAUUUCCCCAUACAAAUUAUCCAUACAUAAAACACCAUUCUAGAAAAUUCAAACAUAUCACAAUUACACUAAAUAAAAUCACACGAAAUAAGUGUAGUGAGAGUUAGAUUGGAGGAAAUUAGAAUUAGGGAAGGGUUUGGGGAGAGUAGGGCGACGAAAUAAGUGUGAGCAUCCAUGGGUCGGGUAUCCCUAAACCCAAACCCAACCCGGUGAAUAAUGUACGGGUUUAAACCCAAACCCGCCCGAAAGCUGUCAAUGCGGGUUUUAUCCGCAUUGACCAGGUUGGGUCGGGUACGAUACCCGUGGGUUUGGGUUUUGUUGCCAUCCCUAAUGGGUAAUGCUAUUUUUGAGUGGUCCACAUGGACCUAAUGUGGCAUGAAUGGAUUUAUUAAAUCCUGCCCAACCUAUCUGAUCGAGGAGAAGUGGCCCAAAUUGUGUCGGUCAAAGGUUAUGGAGGGAAUAAUAAGAAAACAGCGAAAUA